UUUGCAAGAACAGCUGUUGGCGCUUUGUUUUUUUCGUCGUCUUUGUGUCUGCAGGUCCAAAACUAUCAAACUAUCAUUAAUCCAAUUAAUUUUGCAUAAAUAAAGGCGAAUCACAGCGAUGGCCACGAUGCGCAUACCCAAACAGAAGGUGAUCCUGUGCGGCGAUUACGGAGUGGGCAAGAGCUCCCUGUUCCGGCGAUUCGCCACCAACACCUUUGUCACGGAUACGGAUCGCAAAUCCACGCUGGGACUGGACCACAUCGAUAGGGAGUAUAGCGUCAAUGAGAAGCAGAUCAAGCUCCAACUGUGGGACACUGGCGGCAUGGAGCGCGUGGCCUCGGUGACCUCCUCGUACUACAAAUUCGCCGAAGGAGCUAUCCUGGUCUUCGCCUUGGACAAUGCCGCAUCGUUUCACUCGCUGUCGCAGCAUUUGCUGGACAUUGUGACGUAUGCGGAGAACGCCAAGAUCUUCAUUUGCGGCAACAAGAGCGAUCUGGAGGGCAGGGAGCCGGAGGUGAGCGACGAGGAGGUGGAGGCCUUCUGCGAGCAGUGUCACUCGUUGAUCAGUGCCACCUACAAGACCUCCUGUCGCAGCGGCGGCGGCGUGGAGGAAAUGUUUCAGGACAUCUCAAGGCAACUGGUCCAAGCAAAUCGCUCCAAGAUGGAGCUGCAGGCUCUGGAGCACAAGAGCUUCCAGGUGGACACCGCGGGCAGCAGUGCGACGAUCAACGAGGAGGAUGGAUCCUCCUGCGGCUGCUAGCAGUUGGGGAACAUUGAGUUUGGCUAGGCAUCCACAUCCUGGCCAGGCUCAAUGACCCAUGCAGAGAUGCAUUUUCACUGUUUCCUUUAUUUAUUAACAGUUAUUGGCUAUGUUUAUUGUUUUUUGAUACAUGUUCAUUUUAAAUUGAUACGAAAAAUACGUCCCGAAUGCGAACACGAGUCAUAGAGUAGGAUUAGUUAUUAACCAGACGCCAAACAUUAACCAUUUAAACUUUGUACACGUAAAUAAGGAUGGGUCAAUACGAAAAUGUAGGAAAUGAAAGUAUGCAGUAAGAACUUUGACUAACAAAAGAAUAACGUAAACGAAAUGGGUCUUAGUCAUAUCCUUAAAAGCUAUUGGGUCAGAAAAAUUAACUUUAUGGUUAUGUAACUUUAAUAACCUAAGCAAAUACUUUUAAAUGUGUCCUAUUUUUGGCUUCAAUUUUACACUUUUAAUGAACAGGUCGAAAUUAUACUAAACGAUUCGCAUUGAAAGUAAUGAACCCAUCCUUUCGUAUAUAGAUUAGUGCGUAAGCCUGCAGCUUUCUUCCACAGAAUAUCUCGUAAAGAUAAACUAUGCUAAACAAUAAAUAAUCAACUCACGAAACUGGAA